UUGGCACGGUGCCCUUGGUCAGUUAAAAUUUCCUGUAGCGCUAUAGCAUCGUCUUCCAUCCCGAAAGAGCUAAAGCAAAACAUACGCGUACAACAAGACGAUUCAAAGAUUGCGUUCACUUAAUUUCGGCUGGUGAAAGGAUUUGCAAUUACUAAAUUGGGUAACUAGUUACAUGCCAAACUCCCAGGGCAAUAGACUCGAAAAUCUUGUCGAACCAGGCCUAGGAAAGCUACCAACGUCUGUUCGGGACAUUUGACAACUGUUUCCAACCCUUUCCCUGCUCAUUUCCUCACUUGUUGGGAGCCCUGCCUAUCGCUCCAAAAUCACAAGGCCUCUAAACUUCUUUAAACCAACCACUUGGCAAACUACACCUGAGAAGAACUUCUUUUCCUUGCUUUUAAAGUUGUACGUUCUGCCUGGCAAGAUACUCUGCAGAAGUCACUCCCAGCGCCAUGUCCGUGUCGGUGGCUGUCAUGGCUGUAGAAGAGCCCGGGACGCUUCUGGAGGGUCCCCACUGGGACGGCCGCACGGGGGCGCUGCUGUACGUUGAUAUCCACGAGAAACACGUUCACCGCUGGGACCCCGUCACGAAACACAGGGACACGUACGACACAGAUUGCAUGGUAGGUGCUGUGGUCCCAAGGGAAUCAGGAGGGGCUGUAGUGGCCGCUGGGACCAAGUUUGCCUUCCUAGACUUCGAGACCAGACAGCUGACCACUGUUGCAACCGUGGACCAGGACAGGCCUUUGAAUCGGUUCAACGAUGGGAAGUGUGAUGCUGCCGGCAGGUUUUGGGCUGGCACCAUGGGUCAUGAGCCUGUCCCAGCAAAACCUGAACGUAAAGUUGGAUCCCUGUACUGCCUUCAGACAGAUGGCAAUGUCACAAAGGCAUUUAAUGAAGUUGACAUCUCUAACGGUCUGGCCUGGACAUCAGACAACUCCACCAUGUACUACAUAGACUCACUCCGCUUCAGCGUGGAUGCCUUUGACUUUGACAUGACCACUGGAACACCGAGCAACCGUCGUCCAGUGGUAACCUUUAAAGAAGAAGUAGACGGCAUACCUGAUGGCAUGUGCAUCGACACUGAGGGAAAGCUGUGGGUAGCCAUGUUUAAUACAGGACAGGUGAUACAGGUGGAUCCAAACACAGGUACGCAGCUUCGUUCCGUCAAGUUCCCAGCACCCCGCACCACCUCCUGCUGUUUCGGAGGCCCUAACCUUGACGUCAUGUAUGUGACAAGUGCAAGGACGGGCUACUCUGCCGAGGACAUCCAAAAGUAUCCCCUGUCAGGCUGCCUGUUCCAAGUGACCGGGCUGGGAGCCAGGGGCACCCCCGGGCUGUGCUACAAUGGUUGAACCCAUUGUGGCAGCUCAGGCCUGAGCUCUACUAGGCUUUGUAAGUGGCUGGAAAGAGUAGAAAUCAGCCAAAUAAACAGAUAACAUGCAUGGGGAGUUAGUCUGCUAAAGGAGUACAGUAGGACACUCCCUUUUAUAGCAGACCAACUCCCUUGGUAUGUUCUCUGUCAAAUUGAAAGUAGAGGUAGAGGCUUGGUGGUAGCAGGUAGAUCUCUUCAAGAAAGGAUUAAAAAUGAUCACAAUUGUUGCUAUGUCUCUAUAUAAGAAUGUCCACAAAGUGUUGUUGAAUUUCUUGCCAAAAGCAAUCAGACAAGUGAAGCCAUAUCCCUUCAGUGUUUGUAACUCAAGAUACUUUAAUUUGAUUCAUGCAGACUUCUGUGCAGAAAUACUGAUACAUGGCAGGUGGUUUUUGUACCGUAUUGAAACAGUUAAUUAUAAGAAUGUUUAACUUUGUAUUGUAAAAAAUGUUCUACCAAAUUAUAUAGGCAGAUGUAUUGAAAUAGAUAUCAACAUUGCUUGAUACACAACAAACAUACAUGGUAUCAUAAUAUAAGCUGUUUAAGAAAAAUGAACAUAAAGUGUGCAUGUGGAAGGCAUCUAGGCCCCACUUGUUGCUUCCACAACAAACUUGCCAGUAUU